AUGGCAUUCCUUGACCGAAGAUUACUUGAAUUAAGUGCAACUUCCAGCUCCAAUGACUGGGCAGCGGGCGCUCGAGUGCUGCAAGCUGCCUGCUAUUUCUGGCACGGGGGCACAAAGGCACAGCGUUCUCUUAGCGGACUGCUUCAAUCUUUGAUCUACCAACUCUGUCUCAAGCGACCCGAAGCACUACUCGAGGUUAUUAGCAAACAGCGCCGGGACUACUUCCUCCUACAAGCCGCCCAAGAAAGGAUGUGGACGCAAACAGUGCCGUGGACCUUAGAGGAGCUGAAGACAUGUCUCAACUCACUCUUACAAAAUCGUCAAACCUUGACAAGAAGAGCGUCGGAUAAUCAUUUCAGAUUCAUGCUUCUGAUCGAUGGGCUUGAUGAGUUCGAUGGGACUGACCAGGACCGUCAGAAUUUGAAUGAACUGCUUGUUUCGUUGUCUCAACGAUCAAACGUGAAGUUUUGUCUGUCAAGCAGACUUUGGGUUAUCUAUAAGGUUGCAUUUGAAGGCUAUCCCCAACUCCGACUCGAGGAUCUGACACACAAGGACAUCGAGGUGUUCGUCACCGGGAGCUUGCGUAAGAACAAAUAUUUCGAGCAAAUGGAACUGAGAAGUCCCAACCUCAUUUCCAAUGUUACUACCGAGAUAGUACGGAAAGCAAACGGCGUAUUUCUAUGGGUACGCCUCGUCAAUACUAUCUUGAAAGUGGUAACGGAUGGCUGCAAGACUCCCCAAUUACUGAAGAUUUUGGACACUCUACCGCCGGAUCUUGAUGACCUCUUCACUCGCAUGGUGAGGUCAGUGAAUCCAUUGUAUCAGGAUGAAGCUUCCAUUAUCAUGCAGAUAGCAUUA